AUGGUAGAGCAGCAAGCAGUGGAGUCUGCUCUCCCUUUACACAUCCAGGACAAGCGAGGGAGAUUCAAGGACCUCUUGGAUCCCAAGUAUUUAAGAACGACGCUGCAGAUCUGGCUCAUUUGGCUGGGCAUCUCCUUCGCCUACUAUGGGGUCAUCCUGGCCAGCGCCGAGCUGCUGGAGCGGGACCUGGUGUGCGGCUCCCGGACCGAAUCCGAGUCGGAGCCGGUGGUGACGGUGGGGGACUCGGAGGAGACGCAGGGCCCCUGCUACUGCCACAUGUUCGCCCCCUCCGACUACAGGACCAUGAUCAUCAGCACCCUGGGCGAGAUCGCGCUGAACCCCUUAAAUAUCCUGGGCAUUAACUUCCUGGGGAGACGGCUGAGCCUUUCCAUCACCAUGGGGUGCACAGCCCUGUUCUUCCUCCUCCUCAAUAUUUGUACUUCCAGUGCUGGCCUCAUCGGCUUCCUCUUCAUGCUGCGGGCACUGGUGGCCGCCAACUUCAACACCAUCUACAUCUACACUGCGGAGGUGUACCCCACGACAAUGCGUGCCCUGGGGAUGGGGACCAGCGGCUCCCUGUGCCGCAUCGGUGCGAUGGUGGCGCCAUUUAUAUCCCAGGUCCUCAUGAGUGCAUCCAUCCUGGGGGCCCUGUGUCUUUUCUCAUCAGUCUGUGUUGUAUGCGCCAUUUCUGCAUUUACGCUGCCCAUCGAGACUAAAGGACGGGCCCUACAGCAAUAUGAACUAAAGCUGUUUGUGCCUGCCAGGGAGCCAGCUGGGGUGGUGGGUGGGAAACCUGGGGGCAUUGAUGAAGAUCACACUAGGGGUGGGACUGGUUUUGGAACAGUUAAGACUGGAAAUGUUAUUAUGGACAACUUUAGUAAAACACGGUGUAGUAAUAACAAUUUUUAA